AUUCGGAUGUUAGAUGGAACAAUAACAGACCGCGUGGAGGCGGAGUCGUUAAAUUUUAAUCAAAACUACAUUGACAUCUACUCUGGAAGUUGGGGUCCAGACGACACGGGUAUUAUCUACGAAGGGCCUGGACGAAUGGCUUCUGAAGCCUUUCACAAGGGAGCAACUACGGGUCGCAAUGGUUUGGGCAACGUGUUCGUCUGGGCCUCAGGGAACGGGGGUCGACGCGGCGAUUCGUGUGCUGCCGACGGCUACGUAAGCAGCAUCUACACCCUGGCAGUAAGCAGCGUUACCGAACAAAACUCCCAUCCCUGGUAUCUGGAGAAGUGCGCAGCAACAAUGGUGUCAACUUACAGCAGUGGAGGACCCGGCGAAUCAGGAAUCGUGACCACCGACUUAAAUCAUGGUUGUACGAAUUCCCAUACUGGUACUUCGGCCAGUGCACCGCUCGCUGUCGGCAUUAUCGCCCUGCUGCUUGAAGCAAAGUUCACGAGCUGUAGUAGCAAACUCACACGGCGAAUCCUGGGUGAAGGAAGAAGGCCGGAGUCACGAAAAGACGCAUCAGUAAUUGGCACCAUCUCUGAACUGAUGCCGGUUCGAUUGAUCGAUGCCUUGUCCGAAUUCAAGGGCCUAGACCGUUGGCCACUGAUGAGCGUUCAGUUUUGGGGAGAACCAUCGGCGGGUGAAUGGAAAAUAAUAAUCGACAAUAAGGAGGGUUUUAGAAAGCUGUCUGCUUGGGGAAACCGCCAACCGGCUUUGGACAAAGCAACUGGCCAAUGGGAAUCCGUUCACAUGGUCGCCUACGGAACUGAGAUUUUUCCCAUUCGGCUAAAGCCUCCGAAAGAAACAAGACAACCCCCCAAAGCCUGGUUCGAUCGAUUCGCUCGCUACGUUGUUUCAGAAGAUGAGUUAUCUCCGUCGGAAUAUUCGUGCCAUAGUGAGUGCGCAAAAAAUGAGUGCUGGGGGCCCUCCUCAAACCAGUGUCUCAAUGGUUGCAAAAACUACGUUACUGAAAGCGGACAAUGCGUUGCAAGUUGUCCUGCUGGCACUACAGCGCUGAUAAGUAUGAUUGUCAUGAUGCGUCGGAACCAGUCAGCUGAGCUGAAUGGAACGCGUCCGAGGCUUGGUGGCCAGAUGAACGAACUUCGCUGCGAACGAUGCUUUUCAGCUUGCGCAGAGUGUCUGCGACCCUACUCUGCCUACGGCUGCACCGCCUGCUCUGGCGACUCCUACCUUGCACCGUUUCUCAGUCCUCCCGUAUCUGAGACGGAGACGAACCUUGAAUCGGCUCUCUUAUUGACAGCGGAUGGUGACAAAAAUCGUGUUCUAGUUGGCUCCUGUGUGUCCCGUUGCCCAAGUGGUUACUUCGCCAAUGAUACAAGUAAAACUUGCGAACAAUGUGCUGAACACUGUGAGGAGUGCUUUGGACCGAGAACGGAUGCCUGUCGGAGGUGCGCGCGGAACUUCCGCCUCGUAGCCGGAACAUGCGUUGACGCCGCCGGACCGCACCGCUGUCCUAAGGGCAGUUUCCUGCAGGGCAACAUUUGUGUGCCCUGCGACCCCGGUUGUGAUCUCGACUCCUGCUCGGACUACGGUCUCUGUACCUACUGCCGUUUUGACCAUCGAUUUAUGCACGAGGGCCGUUGUGAGGGCGUCUGCCGUCCAGGUUUUUAUCCUGCUUUCCAGUUGAGCAAGUCGGGUUUCUAUGCGACCGAAUUGCCGGUUGACUUCACUGCAGAAAACGGUGUCUGGGUGUGCGCGCCCUGUCCCCCCGGGUGUGCGAGGUGUUCUCCCUCGACAAAACACGUUCAGGGCUAUGUGGUCCCAAUGUGUGAGGUCUGUCAGACGGGUCUCAUACUAGACGGAGAUGCUGGCACGUGUCAUUCGCCCUGUCCAAUUGGAACUUACGGAGGCAACUGUUCCCGCGCCUGUCACCACAUGUGCUCAACUUGUGUCAACGAACUGGACUCGUGCCUUCAGUGUUCGCCUGGGGCCUAUUUGGCUUAUGGGGAGCGCCAGCUCAACCCUCUGAUCUCAUUUACAAAUCCGAAGCUCAUUGGGUAUGGCUGCGUCAUCUUUUGCCCGGAAGCAACCUACGUGGCCCGGAUUGACGGUGAACGUGUCUGCCUUCCUUGUCCCCCACUUUGCAAAGCCUGCUCAGCCCCCGACAAGUGCACUCGAUGCGAGGAGGGUUAUGCGGUCAACGAACUCAGCGGUAAAUGUGAACCAUCUCCACUGUGCUUCCACGAAACAUACUUUGACCACAUAGAUGGAAAAUGCAAGCCCUGUCAUCCUUCUUGCGCGAGUUGUCGAGGUCCGUCCCCCGCUGAUUGCCUCGAUUGUCGUCGCUUAAGAAGCGUUUUGGGCCCGUCGCCGGCGUGUUUGGAACCAUCGCCACCAGUAAAGUCAGCGAAUGCCAACCAGGAUCAUCAAUCCCUGCUGGAAGGAACAAUCCUGCAAGUUACCGCCGGCACGUGUUAUCUGUGCUGUGGUGCAGAAAAACUGCUCGAUACCAAACCCCCCCUCGAUUGCCUCUUCUGCCUGCCGAAUGAGAACACGUGUUCAUCGUGGGCAGCCGUCGGUGGAGGCUUGGGCUUGUACGAGAAUUUCAGCUUCCCGGAUGGCAUCUUGGCCAACUCACCUGGCGGGAUCGGGGGUGGGUGGGCCUGGCUCACGUCCGACCCCAUCCGCUUGAGCUUCUUUAUUACGGCCGUUUUAACAAUUGGAUUCGCUUUAGGAUGUCUGUUGUAUCAGCUGACCAUCACGCACCUGCGAAAACAUCAUGUCCGGGACUACAAUUUAUUGUUUUUGCGAGGUGCUGGUACCGGCUCGCGGUUGUCCCAGCGCUGUCCCGACAUUCUUCACAGCAAAAUCGACAAGAACCACGCCCGACCCCCAAUCCUAACUCUUCCUCAAACAUCAUAUUGUAAAUACGCUUUACCCUUCCGUACUACGAAAUCCUCCCGAUCAUCUUCCGAUAAACCGGACUACCUCAAAGUUUACACUCUUUUCGAUGACGAUUUUUAG